UUUUUAGUUUUUAAAGUUUGACAAAUUAGCUCGAAAUUCUUUUCGUUUAUUUUUUAGGACAAAUAAAUUAUCAAUUGCACUAAAUUUGUAAUGGCGGAACACACUGAUUUUCACUACAACUCAGAUGUAAACUAUGACGAAGCAACUAUGAGGCAGCAGAGAGACAUUGAAGAAGAAAUUAUGAAUUCUCAGCUUCUGAUUGGUGAAUUAGAAGAUUUAGGUAAUUUGGAGACCGAGAUGGCUUCUGAUGACAUAUUUGUCAGAAAAGUUCAGAUCUUAAAACAGAGGUACUCAAACUUCAGGAGAGUGAGAGGUGAUGGCAAUUGCUUCUACAGGGCUUUCGGUUUUGCAUGCCUCGAAAACUUCCUCGACAAGCCUGAGGAAUGCCUGCGGUUUCGAGAUGUAGCUACAGGGUGCAAAGAUGAAUUAGUAUCGCUCGGCUUUCCUGAGUGUACCGUUGAGGAUUUUUACACUGUCUUUGUGGAAACCCUUGAUUUGAUAAAUUCUGAAAAAUCACUUGAGAAGCUGUUAGAAGUGAUAAAUGACCAAAGCACUUCUGAUUACAUCGUCGUUUUCCUAAGGCUGUUGGUGUCAGGCCAUCUCCAGCAGAAUAGUGACUUCUAUUCUUGCUUCCUUGAAGAUCAUAAAACCAUGAAGGAUUUCUGUUCUCAGGAAGUGGAGCCAAUGAACAAGGAAAGUGACCAGAUCCACGUGAUUGCCCUGACCACGUGCACCAACAUUGGGGUACGAAUCGAAUACCUGGACCGCAGUGACAGCCUAAAUAAUCACGUGUUCCCUGAUAACCUCACCCCCUCCAUCACACUCAUGUACAGGCCCGGCCACUACGACAUUUUGUAUAAGUGAAUUAGGGAAAUUAGGCAGAUUAGGCCCGAGCUCGAUGAUCGAAGUUUUUAGCUAUUUUUUUUGUCAUUCAUCGAUUCUCUUUCUUAUUUGUUUAUUACUGAUAUGAUUGGCUAGGUUUGUAGCAGUGGUAUGAUUCGUGUGUGUCUUUCAUUUGUUUGUUUGUUAUUUUGUUUGUUCCUCUGUUUGUUAGUCUUGGGUGGUAAAACCUUAUUUAAAUUUUUCAUCAAAUGCUUGAAAAAAAACAUAGCUUAUUUAGUUUGUUUAUUACAAGUCAUUCAUUUUUUUCUAUUUGCUUAUCACACUUAUUUGUCUUCUCUCUUUUUUUGAGUUUUAUAAAAUUCUGAUGAAUUUCUUAUGUCAAAUUCGACAAACACGUCAUAUUAUAUUGUGAGAUGGAUAGUGAAAAUUCUCGAUUCACUGCAAAUUGUUAUUUAAAAAAAUCUUUCGUUUGACAAAAAUAAACAUCACUUCACUACGAAUUCAUUACGUAAUAUUAUUAAUUCUAUAAGUUUAUAAUUAAAUAAAUAGAUUAGUUUCACUUAUUUUUCAUUUUAUUUACUUAUAUAUUUAUUUUAUUCAUUCAUUUAUUUUGGCGAAUUCAGAUAUAUAUACAUAAAUUUUUUCUCACGGUUUCGUCAAUUCAGACUGCAUUUGAAUGAAAUUCCAAAUUCAAUGGAUGCUAUUAAUAAAAGAUUAGGUGA